AUGGCCACAAUGGCGACUACUAAAGUUCCAGAGGUUCGUGACAUCACACGAAUUGAGAGAAUUGGCGCACAUUCACACAUCCGUGGCCUUGGCUUGGAUGAUGCUUUGGAACCAAGACAGGUGUCUCAGGGAAUGGUUGGGCAGCUGGCCUCCAGACGGGCUGCAGGCGUCAUCCUGGAGAUGAUCAAAGACGGCCAUAUAGCUGGCAGGGCGGUGCUGAUUGCAGGGCAACCAGGCACUGGAAAGACUGCCAUCGCCAUGGGUAUCGCUCAGAGCCUGGGUCCUGACACCCCUUUCACAGCGUUGGCCGGCAGUGAGAUCUUCUCCUUAGAAAUGAGCAAGACUGAAGCACUCAGCCAAGCCUUUAGAAAAGCCAUCGGAGUGAGGAUAAAGGAGGAAACCGAGAUUAUUGAAGGAGAAGUUGUAGAAAUCCAGAUUGAUCGACCUGCUACUGGAACGGGUGCCAAGGUGGGCAAAUUGACGCUGAAGACUACUGAGAUGGAGACAAUAUAUGACUUGGGCAACAAGAUGAUUGACAGUCUCAGCAAAGAAAAGGUCCAAGCAGGUGAUGUCAUCACCAUCGACAAAGCUACCGGAAAGAUCAGCAAGUUGGGCCGUUCCUUCACAAGAGCCAGAGACUAUGAUGCCAUGGGAGCUCAGACCCAGUUCGUGCAAUGUCCAGAGGGCGAGUUGCAGAAGAGGAAGGAGGUGGUGCACACGGUGUCCCUGCACGAGAUCGAUGUCAUCAACAGCCGCACGCAAGGAUUCCUGGCUCUUUUCUCCGGGGACACUGGCGAGAUCAAGUCAGAAGUCCGUGAGCAGAUCAAUGCCAAAGUUUGCGAAUGGAGGGAAGAGGGCAAGGCGGAGAUCAUCCCGGGGGUGUUGUUUAUUGACGAAGUCCACAUGCUCGACAUGGAGUGUUUUUCCUUCCUUAACCGUGCCUUGGAGAGUGACUUGUCCCCCGUUCUCAUCAUGGCCACCAACAGAGGCAUCACCCGCAUUCGUGGCACUAACUACCAGAGCCCUCACGGCCUCCCGCUGGAUCUCUUAGACCGCCUGCUUAUCAUAGCCACCUCCCCUUACACCGAAAAGGAGACGAAGCAAAUCCUAAAGAUCCGGUGUGAGGAGGAGGAUGUUGAGCUGAGCGAAGAGGCUCACACGGUCCUAACUCGCAUCGGUAUGGAGACGUCGCUGCGAUACGCCAUGCAGCUCAUCAGCACGGCUGGUUUAGUCUGUCGCAAACGCAAGGGUACAGAGGUACAAGUGGAGGACAUCAAGAAGGUUUACUCUCUCUUCCUGGACGAGGCCAGAUCUUCUCAGUACAUGAAGGAGUAUCAAGACUCCUUUCUCUUUAAUGAAACACAAACAACAGCAAUGGAAACCUCGUAA